GCAACUCCCGUCCUUCAUUAAAAUUCUGCAUGCCUAACGGUGGCGCGACAAAACCUGGCAAAACCGUAUCGUUCGUUGAACCUGAUGGCGAAGCGCGCUGGUAUCGUCCAAUUCUCAAGGACACAAUAAUUCUCUUCAUCAGCCAAUGUAUAUCCUUCGUGCUUUCUUCUGCACUUAUUAUGGCUAUUACCACGUGGGCGACGCUUCUUGACCUCGUAGUUCGACUUCUUCAGUUUUUGCGGGAAGAAUCUCCCCCAGUGAAGGAGGCGACGUACAUUUGGGAUAACCCAAAGUACCUUGAGGAGGAGUGUACGAAUGAUAUGCGAUAUUAUGCAAAAAAUGCUGGUGAAGGGUAUGAUAUUGUCGAUGAGGAGGUUGAGACUGAGGACGGUUUUCUCUUGAGGGUACAUCGAGUCGUGAAUCCGAGGCACGAGACAAAGUCGAACCGCAAGGGUGGAUAUCCUGUAUUAAUACUACCUGGUCUAUUCGUGUCCUCCGGUGCAUUUAUUACAUCGGAGGAACGCUCACUGGCUUUCUGGCUAUCAGAGCAUGGUAGGUAUCAAGUAUUUCUGGGAAAUAUGCGCGGUGCGUUCAAUAUGGGGCACAAGAACUUAAGUAGAGACGAUCCUCGAUUUUGGGACUGGACUGUUCGAGAGCUAGCGAUGUACGACUUACCUGCACUGAUAGAAUAUGUUUGCGAUACGACAGGAUACGAUAAGAUUGCAUUUAUUGGCCACUCACAAGGCAACGGCAUCGCGUUCCUCGCACUCAGCGAAGACAUGCGUCCCGAACUAGGGACGAAGCUCUCGUGCAUCAUCGCACUCGCACCUGUUGUAUACGCCGGCCCUAUUUUGAAUGGAUUUCCGUUCAAUGUGCUUAGUCGAAUUGAGUGGGAGCGGUGGCGCGUGCUUUUCGGCGUCUUGGACUUCAUACCGUUUAUGCAAUUCGCAUACAAUUCGGUACCUGCAGAGGUGUUUACCUUUUUUGCGUAUAGGGUAUUCGCGUAUUUGUUCGUGUGGACGGAUGCACAUUGGUUAAAGCGCCGAAAGGACAAGGUAUUUAGAUUUAUGCCUACUCAUGUUAGCUCUGCAAGUAUAUUCUGGUGGUGCGGUAAAGGCGGGUUCGCACAACGUAAAUGCACGAUGGACGAAUCCUUACCUAGGUGGUUUAAUGACGAGAACUUCCCACCGCUUGCGAUUUACUAUGGUGGGCGUGAUUACCUGGUUGCGACUGAGCCGCUAUUGGAACGGAUACGUGAGCGGGAGAAAGGUGUGAAGCUUGUUAGAGUGGAGAAGGUGCCGACGUAUGAGCAUUGCGAUUUCUACCUCGCUGCCGACGCGGUCGAGAGGUGUUUCUCCUCCUUCAUAGAAGAUAUAGAGAAUACUCGAACGGACAGCUUAGAGAAGGCUGUGAUUAAUGGGGUUUCCCAUUUCGUUCCUCACCUCCCUUUUAUAUAGAUAUUUUGCAGUGAUUCGUGAUGGUAUAUUGAUAUAUCCCGGUGUAGUAGAUGUACAGACAGG